UUCUGUCGUUCGUUGAUCGGUGGUAUUUCGAAGUCGCCAGAGAUGAAUCGAGUGCCAGGAGUCUAUCAGUUAUGCAUGAAAGAUGCAACCGACUCAGGAGCGAUACGUCGCCAACGACGAGUGCUCGACACUUCGUCGGCAUAUGUCCGUGGUGAGGAGAAUCUAGGGCAGUGGCGCCCACGCGGUGAUUCGCUCAUCUUUGAACAUCAGUGGGAGUUGGAGAAACUUACACGACUGCAGCAGGUCGAACGGGUUCGCUUGUUUCUCCGUCUUCGCGAUAAGCUGAAAGGGAAGAGGAAACCGGGAGAACUGCGAACACCUGUCUCACCUUGCAGUCCGGUUUGUGCAAUUCCUGAGACAGUGAAACUGAACGAGAAAGAAAAGGGCAUUGUCAAUAAGGUGAUUCGCCUGAUCACACAACGAAUCCCGGUAAAUAAAGACCCACCAACUGGUAACAAAGCUCAAGAACUUAGCGAUGAGAGCAGCAGUAAUAGUAUUACUUCACCAACGACCGACCAAUCGGUUGUGAAGGCGUCACCCUCACUGGACCAGUUGAGUAGGCAAAAAUCGAAAUCGGAUCAGAAUCUUAGCUGCACUGAUGAUGUUCUCGAUCACUUGGCCAUGAAACGAAGUCUUAGUGGUAGUCGUCUCAGUCAGCUUAAUCUCCUUGUACCUGAGGUGACGGAAGAGCGGGUUGGUGUCGUUGUUUCACGCAAGGGCUAUAUGAACUUCCUCGAGGAGAAAACGCAAGGUUGGACGAGACGUUGGGUUGUUGUUCGACGACCUUAUAUUCUUCUGUUCCGGGACGAGAAGGACUUGGUGAUUCGUGGUAUCAUCAACUUAGCGAACGCUAGGGUUGAAUAUUCAGAGGAUCAGCAGGCGAUGCUGAAAGUUCCGAACACUUUCUCUGUUUGUACGAAUAAUCGUGGAUUCCUUAUGCAGAUCAUGCCCGGUGAUGAGGUUUGUACUUUUUCAUAUGCCACUACUAUCAACUGUUCAUUCAUUCUCUACUAA